AACAGUGCAAAAGGUAUACACGAAAGAACAAAACAUUCAGUGGACAGUGAAUUUUUGACAGAAAAAUGUCAACAUUCACUUUCAGUACUCUUUGCGAGAGUUUUGAAAAUAUUUCGAAAUUAAAAGAAAAAAGCAAGAAGACUGAAGAAUUAUCAAAAAUGCUGAAUAGCUACCGAAAAUUUAAUAAUUCUUUAUAUUCAUUAUUAAGACUAUUAUUGCCGAAAUUAGAGAGAGAACGUGGUCCCCAUGGUUUACAACAUAAGUCUCUAAGAGUUCUAUAUACUCGUAUUUUUUGUUUGAGUAAAGAAAGUUUAACUUCAAGGAGCCAAGCAAAUUACAGGGCCAACGAAUGUGGUGAGGAUUUUGCUGAUCGAGUGUACCAACUUAUUCGGAGUCAACUUCAAAAUAAAGAAAGUUUACUCCCCAUAGAAGAAAUAAAUACCUUUCUUGACAAUAUUUCAUCUAAGAAUGCAUCUAAUGAAAAAAAGGAUUCAAUAUUCUUAGCAAUUGCUAAAAAAAUGAGUGCAUUUGAAUUUAAAUGGUUAACAAGAAUUAUAUUAAAAGACUUAAGACUUGGUAUCGGGCAGAACAAAAUAUUGAAAGCUAUUCAUCCGAAAGCUGAAGAAUUAUUUAAUUUAACGUCUGAUCUUCGAGAAAUUUGCAACAAAUUACAAAAUGUUGAUAAGAUUGAAAAACCUGGGAUAAAAAUUUUCUAUCACAUUAAGCCAAUGCUUUUGGAACGCUGUCGAAUCGAGGACGUUGGAAAAUUAUUUCAGGAUCAAUCCACGAAAUACAUUUUACAAGUAAAAUAUGAUGGUGAACGGUCACAAAUUCACAUAAAAGAUGGACGCUUUAAGUAUUUUACAAGAAAUAGUUACGACAUAACAAAUAACGCAUUAUAUGGGGAAAGCAUUAAUUCUGAUGGAUUUUUGACAAAAAAUAUUUGCCGACUUAUUAAAAAUAAUUGUAAGUCGUUAAUUUUGGAUGGAGAGAUAAUGGGAUGGCACAAGGCGAAAAAAGUAUUUGGAUCAAAAGGCAUGUCAUUUGAUGUGAAAAAAUUAACCAGUAAUAGCGCUUUGCAACCAUGUUUUGUUGCAUAUGAUUUAAUUAUGUACAAUGACGAAUUACUUCUCAACCUUCCUUACAAUAAGAGAUUGGAGAGAUUACAAAAUUUAUUUCAAGAUGAAGAAGGCAUUAUGAUCAAGGCGAAAUCAACAGUAGUAUGUGAAAGUGCGCAGGUUGUUGAUUUCUUCAACGAGUGUCUAGAUAAAAAAGAAGAAGGAAUUGUAUUAAAAAAAUAUAAUUCAUUAUAUAGACCAAAUUGUCGAGAAGGAGGCGAAUGCUACAAAAUUAAAGCAGAGUUUUCAGAUGAUUUAAUACAAGACACAGAUUUAAUAAUAUUAGGAGGAUAUUAUGGAAAUGGAAGAGAUGCAGGACUAUUGAGAAGUUUUUUAAUGGGAGUUCAAUCUACUGGUAAUCAGUCUAAAAAGUUUCAAUCAGUUGUUUCAGUCAGUUCGGGUUUAAACAAGGAACAAUUACUCGCAUUACAGAAAAAAUUUGAAUUGAAAGGUCAGAAAAACUGUCCAGAUUCUAUUGUCGGCCCAAAGAAUAAUCUCCCAGACAUAUGGAUAAAGCCAGAAGAAUCAGUAAUUUUACAAGUGCGCGCUUCAGAAAUUAUUCGGUCUAAUUUUUAUCCAACGGGAUAUACUUUAAGAUUUCCGCGGGUCGAAUCUGUUAGACACGAUAAGCCAUGGCAUGAUGCGUGUUCCUAUACAGAAUUUUUGUCAUAUAUUAAGGAUACAGGUAUUGUACAAAAGUUAACGAAACGACAUGCAACCAUUCCGAAUACUGAAAAUAUUAAACCCAAGAAAAUUCCAAAAUCCGUAACAUUAAAAUCAUUUACAUCAAAAAAAAUUGAGGAAAGAUUUCUGGGCGUUCAUUCAAGUGACGUAGUUAGAAUUUCUCGUUGCCUAAAGGGAAAGGAAAUCUGCGUUUUGAACGGCGAUGAGGAGUUGUCAAAAAAUGAUAUAGAAAAACUCCUAAUAUCUCAUGCAGCUAAAAUUGUGCAAAAUCCAGGUCCAAAAACGUAUUGUGUAAUUAUAGGAAAUGCAGAAAAGGUUAAAGUAAAAAAUGCAAUGAUGGAUAAGAAUCAAGAUUUUGUUGGAAUAAAUUGGUUGAAAAGAACUACUGAUAUAAAGAACUGGCCCCUAAAACAAGAUUUUUAUCCAUGGGAAUUGCUGGCAUCUCGAUCGUCCACGACUAAUAGUCUUUUAAACAAUUUUGAUAAAUUUCAGGAUAGUUAUGUCGAAGAUGUUGACGAAUUUACUUUAUCUCGAAUUUUAAAACAGAUAAGCAUAAAUACUGAGGAAUUUACGACUCAAGAUUUUAAAUUCGUCGAAGAAGCAUUAUUUUCGGGCCCAUCACCAUUUUCAAUUUUUAGAGGUUUUGUCGGAUAUUUUCAUAACCCUGAAGACAGACAAAAAUAUUCAUUUAGAUUCUUAUCAGGAAAUGUCCAAGUAAAUGUUAAUGAACAUGUUACUCAUAUUUUCUUAGAAGAAAAUAAUCAAAGUAUUAUUCAACAAUAUCAUAAUGAAUUCCCUGAUACUAUUAUGAUUGAAAGUAAAUACAUUGAAGAAUGUUUCAAAAAAAGAGCAUUGUUAACUUGUGAUGAUUAUAUUAUUAAAGCUAAUUAAAUUUUAUUAAGCCUUUAACAAAUUUUGGUACAGAAUUUGUUUUAAAUACAUGUAAAUAAAUAAUUUUAUAACUAUAUAAAUUCAUUUAUAUGUAAAUAUUGUAGAUGUGGUUCUUUUUAUUAAAAAUAAACUA